AUGGAUCUUCUUGGUGGAAAUGAGGCUGGGGAUCUGUCGGGAGUCAUUGGGAUGAUGUUCGGAGAGCGUGAAUGUGUACGGCGUGGUUGCGGGAUGCUAACCACGAAGCGCAAGCGGCUCUGCCGUGGCCCGAUUGAUGCUCACCGGGUGAAGGAUGUGUUGGCCUGGAACAAUUCUUCAUACAGAUCCUCGUCCGAGUUGUGCAGCUGGAGUUCCAUGGUAAGUGGCUGGUUUUCACCGUUUCUUUCAAUGCGAGCGAGCUUUACUGCUUGGCGCACGGUCUGUCUGCUCCUCAGAGAAUUGCAGACAAACGCAGUGUAGUGGGCUGGCUGUGUAUAAAUAUUCUAGUCAGGUGAUUGAAGGUGUGGUGAGGCGUGGUCCUGCUCCUGAACCUUAGUUAAUACAUUGACUUCAUCGAAUCCAGAACACACAGUCAGCCCUUGCCAUGGAUAAAGGAAAAAAAAAAAGCAGAAGUGUAGCGCAAGGCACUAUGCGAGCACAGAGAGAUAGGGGCAGGGGAUCUCAAUGUGACUCACUCAAUUCAAAACUUUCACAUUUCCUCAUAAACUCUCACAACAAUGGUCAGUAUUGGCAUUUACAACCCAAAAAAUGUUGGAUAAGCAUAGCAUUUUUGGCAGAAGCAGCUGAUGCAUUAAAGCAACCCUUAGAUUUGAUGUUUUAGAAGUUUUACACUUGUGGAACCUAAUUUCUCUUUCCCUUUUUAUCUUUUAUACUUUCACAAACAUUAUUUCAGCAGCUUUGACAGAAAAUUUGUUAGGGAGCAUAAGUCGUGUAAAAAACAAAAAAUCAUAAUAUUCAGGCAUAAACUAAAACCUUCAAAUCAGGAGUGUUCAUCAUGAUACUAGGAACAGAACCUCUUUCCCAGGAGUGUUUAACUUUCCAUGUCUCAACUGAUACCAUGUCUGCAAUGAGCACAGUAAUCACAUAAACAACUUUGAAAGAAGACGAGUAAGAACACAAGUGAGGAACAUACAGCAAUCUUUGAGUAACAUGACACACACACACACAGAUGCAGAGUCUGGCUGUGAACACUGUCAAAAAAUUUAGCCGACACAGAGCAGAACAGACACACACAAACAUCCAAUCAACUCACACACUUUCCUUUUUCACAACACAAUGGUAUACCCUUUCACACAUGUUUGUCUUAAGUCAAAAUCAGUCACUGGGGUCAGUCAAAUUCAAAUUCAACUUUAUUUGUAUGGCACUUUUCAUCCAAAAAAAAAAAGCAAUUCAAAGUGCCUCACAGAGGCUAAAAACAACGAUAAUGACAAUAAAACCCAAUCCUCCCACCCACACACACACACACCCAUGGACCCACACGCACACAAAGGCACACACCCACCCUCACUCACCCACACAUACACACACACCACCACACACAGUGUGAGAAUUUAAGAUCUAUUGUUAGAGAGACAUGGAUGUGGAGAAAUGUGAUGUCUCGGCCUGACACCAAGACAUCACGUGAGGAAAGAGCCACCUCUGGGAAACACUGUUGAUAAAAAUAGAGAUAAAAAUGGUGACAAGAAAGAGUAAAACCUGAUAGACUAAAACAAGAAAAUAAUAUUAAAUGAACAGAUAAGGAAAAAGUCUCUACCAUAUAAAAAAGGGGGUGAAAGAAGUAAAAACCUGUGACAAGAAAUAAAGAAAAAGACUAAGAAUAGCGAUAAUUAAUAGAAUGACAUAAAAUAAACAUUAAGAACUUCGAUUAAAAUGAACAUUUGUAAUAAGAGAAAUAUGAAAUGGCAAUUAGUAAAAAGCCUGGUGAAAAAAGUGAGUCCUGAGCCCCUUGUUAAAAACAUCAACAGUCUCUGCGGCCCGAAGGCUUUCCGGCAGGCUGUUCCACGACCAGGGACCAUAAAAACUGAAAGCCGCCUCCCCGUGUGUUUUUUUUUUUGACUUUGUGUAAGCUUAAAAGGCCUGUGCCGGAGGACCUCAGAGUUCAUGAGGGUUGAUGUGGUAAAAGUAAGUCAGAUAAAUAAGAGGGGCCACGACCAUUAAUACAUCUAAAAACUAAUAAAAGAACCUUAAAAUCAAUCCUGAAAUGGACGGGGAGCCAAUGCAGCAAUGCUAAAACUGGCAUUAUAUGCUCUCGCCCUCUGGCCCUUGUCAGCAUUCUUGCAGCUAAAUUCUGUAAUAGCUGAAGUGUAUAUAAAUUCUUCUGGGGAGGCCAGAGAGCAGGGCAGGUUUUUUUUUUUGUCACUGCACUCAUAUUAAUGAGAGCAGUCUCUUUUUUUUACCUCCUCCUCUCCCUCCCUCUUGUGUGUACUUUCCCCAUCUGUAAAUGCAAUUUCGUUGUGAACAGUUGCAAUGACAAUAAAGACCAUACCAUACCAUACCAUACCAUUACAAUCAUCUAAACGAGAGGAGAUAAAAGCAUGCAUCAGCACCUCCGUGCGGCCUGGGAGAGAAACGGGCGGACUCUGGCUAUAUUCUUGAGGUGGUAAAAACCUACCUUUGCUAUGUUUUUGAUGUGUGGAAUAAAGCUGAGCUCAGAGUCGAAAAUUACACCCAGGUUUUUUACAGAUAUUGAUACUUUAAAAUCUUGUAGUUUUGGUAAAAGUGUCUCUCUCAGGCCUUCAGGACCAAUAACUAAAACCUCUGUUUUGUCCUGGUUGAGCUGCAGGAAGUUGGCUGCUAUCCAGGACUCGAUGUCUAAAAUGCAGUUUAAAAGGGCAUCAAUUGGCCCCCAGGGGAAGCAUGUAAAGAUUAAAAAUAGUUGGACUGUAUCUGACUGUAAAGAGUCUACUGUAUCAAAGGCAGUGAUUAGAUCCAGCAGGACCAAGACUGUGAGUUUGCGAUUAUCUAAAUUCCAAAAUUUUUAAGAGGGCUGUCUUAGUACCGUGGUUCCUCCUAAAACUUGAUAAAUUGUAAGUUGGAUACAGGUCGGUAAUUGUUAAAAACCUUGGGAUCCAGAUUGUUCCUCUACAGAAGAGGCCUCACCAGCACCUUUUUAAAGGAGGUGGGGAAGACCCCUGUCUGAAGAGAGCAAUUUACAAUGUUUAAAAGCUGUUCCUCAAAGAAUCCAUAAAACUGUUUAAAAAACCAUGUGGGAAUUGGAUCUAAAAGGCAGGUUGUGGGGUUUACUUGGGAGAAAACUCGACUAAGUGUCUGCGCGUCAACCAGUGCAAAACUCUCCAGUGUUUCCUCGGGUAAAAUCAGUUAUCCAGGUAUGUUGGCAGUUAAAAUCUGUUGAGAUAAAAUACUGGAUCUGAUCUUGUCAAUUUUACUUCUGAAGUGGUCUGCAAAAUCCUCACAGAGGGUAUCAGAGGAUAACCCAGUGUUUCUGUUAAAAUUAUUGCAUGUUAAAAGAUCAAUUGUUGUAAAAAAAAAAAAAUCUGGGGUUAUGUUUAUUGUCAGCAAUUAGUUUUUUGUAGUGGGAAGUUCUUGCCUGUUUGACUGUGCUAUAGAAGGUUUUGAGAUGUUGUCUAAAAAUUUCAAGGUGGACCGUUAGUUUGGAUUUCCUCCAUCUCCUUUCAGCACUCCUGCAGUUACAUUUGAGCUGUUUGAUAUACUCGUGUCUCCAUGGGGGUCUUGCUUUUUUCUUAAUUGUUUUAGUUAAAGUGGAGCAACUUAGUCCAGUGUUGACCUUAGAUUGCUGUUAAAAUUGUCAACGACAAAAUCACAGGGUGCUGGUAAAAUUUGUGGAGAAGUGUUCUGUAGGAUAUGAAUAAAAUUUGCUGCCACUUCAGAAGUUAGGUAGUGUUUCCUCACCGUUCUGACUGGGCUCUCCCUCUGGUUAAAACUGCUGAUUUUAAAAAACACACAAAAAUGGUCAGACACAGUCAGAUCCACAACAGAGGGCACACUAACGGACAGGCCAUAGCUUAUGAAAAGGUCCAGCGUGUGCCCCCUGCUGUGGGUCGGCUGUGUCACAUGCUGCUGUAAAUCAAAGCAGUUAAAAAGAUUUAAAGAUUCUCUAGACACUGGGUCUGAGGCAGUGGCGGCUGCUGGUCUUUCAAGGAGGGGAAGCUCAUUUUUCUGGCCUACAUCAUAAUUGUGUUUGUUUAUUUGUAUGUAACAGAACAGAGUCACCAAACACAACGGCAGUCGUUUUUGACAAAGACAAAAGUCGCUGAGGAUCGGUAAAGUCUCUGGAGCAGUUAAGAACAACAGAAUGAAUAACUUGGAAAAUGCUUUGGUACAUGUUUUAUUCUUCAAGAUCGCUGAUUCGCUUGUUUAGCUGUCAAUCAAAAAAGGAUUUUGCCUCAGGCAGUUCAACCAAUCAUGGAUGCAGAAGCUCGGAGUCCGGGAGAAAGUCGGGACCGCCCUCUCGCCAUAGAACUCCAGAGAAGCUGAGCGUCUGAUGGGCGGGACAAAGCCCAGCAUUUAUCCAAUGAGCGUCUAGUUUCGCUGCUUCUUAUCACACUGUGAUAAGAAGCUGAUUCUGAACAAAAGAUGAAGGCUUUCUAGUGCGUAUUUAGUUAAUGAAAUGUACACACAGCAGUACGUAUUUCACCACUUUUUCUUUUUUUGGGGGGGGUGACAUUUUAAGGGAAGCUGAGCUUCCCUUGCAGUCUUAGAGCAAUCGCCACUGGUCUGAGGUGUUGUCAAUGUGUAAAUUAUAAACACUAAUUGUUAAAAUCCUGUUGUAGGUGGUGUGGAUAAUUGAUAAAAGUUUAGAGAAUUCGCUGAUAAAAGAGGAUGAGGAGCAGGUGAGUCUGUAGACAGUGAUGCAGAGGAUAGGAGGGCUGCUAAAAAUAAAGGUGUGAUAUUCAAAUGAUGACUAGCUGCUAAAAGGGACUGCAGAAGGGGACAAUGUGGAUCGUGUUAUUGAUGCAGUUCCCCCCUGGAGGUGCCAAUGGGAGUCGGCUCGUGCAUCUGCCGGGGUCCAGGUGGUGA